ACCCCUCGCAGCUGCCUACAUGACGAAUAGUCAGACGUAUCUGCACACCAGCGCCAUGUUACACCUCACCAUUUACACCUGGUCAUUUGAACCUGACCAUUUACACCCGGCCGAAAAGUAAUCGAGCCCGAGAGAGAGCUCCAUGUGCGACGUCACCAGACGGAAAAGCGUAGAUCCUGGGCUUGAGCCUCGGAUGAAGCCCGCGAAGCCCACGAAACCUGGAGGAAGCCGGAAAGAGCCGCCGGAUCCUCAGCCGCAUUAUGGAGUGCGGGAAGGACACACAGGGUCCACCGAGACGAUGCACGAUCCUAGGAGGGCCCAAGGCACAAACCAGGAGCCGGAACCCUGGAGAUGGUUCGUCCGGGAGAUCUUAAACCCCUGCGCCUAAACGUUCCCCCAUCGGAACUUGAAAGUCAACCUAUGGAGAAGCACUCUGCCACCCGAGAGAUAUUGGGAACAGAGACGGCGAUUGAUGUU